AUGCAAAAGUCAGGCGAAAAGCCUCGAAAGGCCAUCGUCGUUGGUGCCGGCGCAGGUGGCGUCGCCAUUGCUGCGCGUCUUGCCAAGGCUGGCUACAAGGUGACUGUCCUCGAGAAGAAUGACUUCACUGGAGGCCGCUGCUCUCUCAUUCACCACGAGGGCUACCGCUUCGACCAAGGUCCCUCGCUCCUUCUGCUGCCUCAGCUCUUCCAUGAGACGUUCCGCGAUCUGGACACCACCAUUGCCGACUCGGGCGUCGACCUCCUCCGCUGCCAGGAUGUCAACUACAAUGUCUGGUUCCACGACGGCGAGCUCUUCAAGCACUCGUCCGACCUGGCGACUAUGAAGGUUGAAGUCGAGCGCUGGGAGGGCAAGGAAGGGUUUGCGCGCUACCUGAGCUGGAUGCGUGAGGCGCAUACCCACUACGAGGUGUCCGUGACCGACGUCCUUCAUCGCAACUUUACGUCCUUGUUCAACCUCGCGCGGCCAAGCUUGCUGAAACAUGUCGUGGCGCUUCACCCCCUCGAGAGCAUCUAUGCUCGCGCGAGUCGCUACUUCUGGACCGAGAGGCUCAGGCGUGUCUUUACCUUUGCCGUCAUGUACAUGGGCAUGUCCCCGUUUGAUGCGCCGGCCACCUACUCUCUGCUCCAGUACACCGAGUUUGCCGAGGGCAUCUGGUAUCCCAGGGGAGGCUUCCACGCCAUCAUCGCGGCGCUCGUCCGCAUUGGAGAGCAGAUGGGCGUCGAAUACCGCCUCAACACGUCCGUUGCCAGCAUUUCUACCGCCGAGGAAAGCAACCGCGCGACUGGAGUCGUUCUCGAGUCGGGCGAGUCUCUGUCGGCGGAUGUCGUCGUCAUCAACGCCGACCUCGUCUACGCCUACAGCAACCUGAUGCCCAAGACGCCCAGCACCGUUGCGUACAGCCAGUCGCUGCAGAAGAAGGAGGCAUCCUGCAGUUCCAUCUCGUUCUACUGGAGCGUGAACCGCAAGAUCCCCGAGCUCGGCACCCACAACAUUUUCCUCGCCGAAGAAUACCGCGAGUCGUUUGAUGCCAUUUUCAAGCGCCACGGUCUCCCCGACCAGCCGAGCUUCUACGUCAAUGUACCGAGCAGGAUUGAUCCCAGCGCGGCACCCGAGGACGGCGACGCCAUCAUUGUUCUCGUUCCCAUUGGCCACCUCGCCCGUUCCAAGGGCGGUGUGGACGCCCCUGGCCUGCCGACGGACGAAAAGUCGUGGAUCAACCUCGUCGCCCGCGCGCGCGCCGCCGUGCUCGAGACGAUCAGCGCGAGGACCGGCUGUGCGCCGAUUGGGCAGUUCAUCACAAACGAAAUUGUCAACAACCCGCUGAGCUGGGAGGACAAGUUCAACCUCGACAAGGGCGCCAUCCUCGGUCUGACGCACAGCGUACCCAACGUCCUCGCCUUCCGGCCGCGCACCCGCGCCGAGGGUCUUGAGAAUGCCUACUUUGUCGGCGCCAGCACGCACCCCGGCACGGGUGUGCCCAUUGUGCUGGCGGGGGCCAAGAUCACAGCCGAGCAGAUCCUCGACGACCGGGGUCUGCCCGUGCCGUGGGCCCACACGAAGAACUUUCCGAAGCAACAGCUGGCGGAGCGGAGGCAGAAGACCAAGGCGCUCGACCUCAUGCGGUAUACGUUCCACUUUGGCUCGGAGGAAGUCGCCGUGCUGUCGUUUUUGUUUGCGGUGUGCAUGAUGUACUUGUUUGUGUGGCCGAGAGUCGUGUCACUUGUUUGCUAA